AUGUCAUAGUAAGACUCAUAAAUUGAAGCUGAGACAUCUACAGAGAAGUAGCUGCCUAUAACCCUGAAUGAAGAAGAACAAAAAGAUGGAAAGUAGAAUAGACAAAGAGAUAACAGAGCUAACCGAUAGAACAGAAAUAACAACUAAGGUUAGCAACAAAAAUAUCAACCAAAGGGUAGCUAGCAAACUCAACAAAAGUAUGUGGUCAAAAAGAAGAAUCUAGAAGGGGAAGAGGACGAAAAAGCUGAAGAUAAUAAAAAUGCAGAUUAGACCUAGGAAAACGGAGAGGAUUAGGAGGCUGCAAAUAAAAAGAAUCAAAGACAAAAAUCUCAAAAGAGACAGUAGAAAUUGGUCUAUAGAGUUAAAGGGUAGGAUAAUAAUCAAGGUGAACAUGAGUAAGAGGAAACUAAAGAACAGGAAAGGCCUUAGAAGAAAUACUAGGAGAAAAGUAAAACAAGACUUCAACCUCAAUACAGAGUAAAGGACCCUAAUAGGAAGCCUGAAGAAGAAGCUGAAAAUGAGGAAGAGGGAGAUUAGGAGAAUGGUAAUUCGAAUCCUGAACAUCAAAAGAAAAAGUAUCAAAGAAAAGGUCAAAGUUAACAAGAUGAUAAAAAUGAUACCGAAGGCAAUAACAAAAAUAGAAAGAGAAGGGACGAUAGAAGAGAACAGAAAGAACAGAGACCAUUUACUGCCUACGAGGAAUAUAUGUACGGUGACUGGAGAAAGCCAAGACCUCGUAUAUUUGUUACUAUUGAAACAGAGAUUCCCGAAAUGCCUAAAGAUAUCAUUGAGACUCCUGACGAGCCAGCUUAUCACAAAGGAUAACUAGAGUUAGAUGAAAAAAUUGAUGCUCUUAAUGAGAAGAUUAGAGAUUUCGCAGAAAAAUUCAGCGACAAGUUAGGAUAAAUGAAGGCAGAUUAAUCAGGUAAAGGAGUUAUUUCAAAGGAAUUCAGAGAUUUAAUUGACCAAUUCAAGACAAAAUCAGCAGAAAAGAAAAGGAUUUAUGAUGAAGUAAAUGCCAUCAAUGUAGAAAUCGGAGACUUGGAAGCUAAAAAGACCAAGGCUGAGAAGAAAUUGCAUCCAAAAUAUAACAGACUUGAUACUCUUGCUAAAGGAAUAACGUAAGUAUUGCUUAUUAUUGCUAAAAUUAAAUAUAGUGAAAUUGAGAAAACUCUCUCUACUACUACCAAUGAUGCCAAGUAAGAAAAGGAAUACAUCAGAGAAAUGCAAAUAAUUAAGGAUUCAAAACCUUUUAUUGAGGAGAUUAAUGGGCUUAGAGACCUCAUUUACGAGAAAAAAUCUCUUAAAUACAAAACUGGCCUGGGCUUGACUGAACUCAAGGAAGAGUGCAAGCAGCUUAAAUUGAGCAUGGAUAAAUUGAAAAAAACCCAAGACGAUAAGCAAAACUUUAAGGAAGAUAUUUAAAAGCAAUUGGAUUCAAUAAAUGCAAAUAGAACCAAACUCAUUGGAGAAAUCAAGGAACUAAGAGCGGUGAAGGACCAAAGAAGGGAAGAAUACUACAAGAAAUUGAUAGAAUACGAGAAGUAGUAAAUCAUAAUUAAGGAAAUAGAAUGGAUAGCUAUGAUCAAGGCCAGAGUAGAAGAUCGUGAAGAGCAAAAAAGAUAAUGGGAAGAGGAGAAGCUUAAACGCCAAGAGGAGCGUAAAUAGAGGAUUGAGGAUCAAAUCAGAAGAGAGGAAAACAGAAAGAAGCGUGAAGAGGAAUCGAGGAAGUCAGAAGAGGAUAAAUAGAAAAAGUGGGAGGAGCAUAUGCUUUCAAAGCUCGAUAUCCACCCAUACAUCUCUGAAAUCGAUCUCUGUGACUAUCUCAUUAAGUAUUGUGAGAAAAACAUGAAAAGACCUGGUGAGGAUAUGACAAUCCGUCAAUUAUCAGAACUAGAGAAAUCCUUACACACUGAUGAAUUGAGGAAAAAGACCAUUCAAGAUGCUCUAUAGAAGGGCAAACUCAUGAAAGCUGAAACUAAGGAGGAAAGACAGCAAAAAGAUAUGGUUGCAGUUCAACAAAAGAAAAAAUCAUAAGUGAUAAACUAAGCUAGGGCUCCUGUGAAGCAAGAAGAGGAAGAUUAACUGAACCUUGACCUUUUAAUGAUUUAAAAGUUCUCUUAAAUCAAAGUUUCAGCUCCAAUGAAGAAAGAAGACCUCGAGCACACUCUUAGUGAAUUAAAGGAAAUGAAGCAAGCUUUCAUUGAGAAAGGAGAUUAAGAGAGAGCAGAAAAUAAAAAGAAAUUUGUCAGAGAGCAAAAGAGAGGCAGAAAUGAUUAGAAAACUCAAGAAGAGGAGGAGAAGACUAAAGAGGGAGAGGAACUUCCAGAGUUAAGCAAGUCACUGGCUGAGAAGAUGAAAAUCGUUGAGCAGAUUGGACUUAUGAAGAAAAAGAAGUUUAGUCAAAAUUAGUAUGAUGAUGAAGGUAUUGAUGUAGAUACAUUUGAAGCGAAUUAUGUUCCAGAAUAUGAAGAUGAAGAUGCUGAUAGAAGAAGAGAUAGUUAUCAAGGCAGAGGCGGAAGAGGAUAGAGAGGUGGUCAAAGAGGCGGUAGAGGCCAGAGAGGUGGCAGAGGAGGCUACAGAGAGGGUCAAGGUAAUAGAGGAGGCUAUAGAAAUGAUAGAAAUGACAGAAACGAUAGAGGAGACUACAGAGGUAGGGAUGAGAGAAGAGAUAGAAAUUAUGAAGAACCAGAAGGGGAAGGCGAAUGGGAAAAUCAAUAUGGAGAAAAAGUUGAAAGCAAAGUAGCAAAAGUUGUUGUGAAGAAAUUCCAGGAAGUGUUAACCAAGCAAGAAGAAUGGCCUGAGAUUUGA